AUGGAAUCUUAACAACCCAAGGCCAAUAAGACUCAAGAACGCACCGGCGCUCCCAACCUGAUUAAUGUAUCUAACAAGAGAAACGCUAAGUUCUAUGUCUACCUUGGCAAGCAAAUCCUUAAAGAUCACUAAACUAUACAACUUCACGCUCUCGGAAACGCAGUAUCUACUAGUGUUUAAGCCGCCGAAAAUCUUGUCAGAAACAAUUACGCUACAUUUAAGUAAAUCAAAACUGAGACAGUUGAUGUUGAGAACAACCAAAAAAAGGCCAAGCUCUUUAUUACACUCGAAAAGCACGCUGACUUCGAUGCUAACAUCGCUAAGUUUGAGCUAAUCAAACAAGAAAAUGAAAAGCUGAACCAAGCUACACCACAAUGA